GAGGGGAGAAAAUGGGGACUCUCCGACUGCCUUGAAGCCGCUGAGCUGUGCCCUCAGACUAGUUCCCGCCUUGGACUCACCUAUGAGAGAGGCUGCAGCCUUGGGGUGCUUUCUAGGAGGAGGAAAGGGUUUGAUAGCGAUUGGACCAGAAUGUCCAAACGGAAGGUGACCUUUGAGGAUCAAGGCAAUGAAGAUGAAGAGGAAAUGAGUUUGUCAAAGAAGAAGCUGGUGGAACCUGCAGUUGGAGGGCCAGGCAGCCGCUUUAAGGGCAAGCAUUCAUUGGACAGUGAUGAGGAGGAUGAUGAUGAUGAGGGUGACGAUGAAGGGCGAGGCAGUAAAUAUGAUAUUCUUGCAUCAGACGAUGUGGAGGGACAGGAGUCUGCCACCAUUGACUAUGAAGACGGCGUCCGGAUCACCCCAUUCAACUUGCAGGAGGAGAUGGAAGAAGGCCAUUUUGACUCGGAGGGGAACUACUUCUUGAAGAAGGAGGCCAUGAUUCGGGACAACUGGUUGGACAACAUAGACUGGGUCAAGAUAAAGGAACAGCCUCCCGGUCGGAAGAAGGCACCCCUGGAUUCCGCAGAGGAUGACAAGGAAGAGGACGACGACAGCCUCGAGGUUGGCCAGACGCCUUUGGACAAGAGGGAGCUGCUCGAAGGGAUGGUGGAUUUAGUGCAGCCCGGCGAGACGGUGGCCAGAGCUAUCCAAAGGCUUGGAGACAAGGGUGGGACCAAGAGCACUGGGCGCCAGCGGAGGCCCUGGAGCCGCCUGAAGGCAGAGGAGGCGGAGCCAGUGGAGGAGGGUGAUCCCCAGAAGCUGGAGUCCCCUGAGCGGAAAGAGCAGCUGGAGCGCUUGUCGGGGCUGGCAGACCAGAUGGUGGCGCGAGGGGUCUACGAGAUCUACCAGGAGACUCGGGAGAAGCUGGCUUUAAGGCUCCGGGCGUUGGAUCAUCCUCCUGCAGCGCCUUCCGAACCCGAAUUAGACAUGUUUGCUGAGGAUAUCGAUGAAGCAAAGCUGGGGGAGAAGACACCAGUGGCAGCGGGAGGUCAGGAGCAACAGCCAGGCAGUGACAACAUUCUCUCUGAGGUGAUGUGGGAAUAUAAAUGGGAGAACACGAACACAUCUGAACUCUAUGGCCCCUUUAGCAGUUCCCAGAUGCAGGACUGGGUGUCCCAGGGCUAUUUCCCUGAUGGCGUUUACUGCCGGAAGGCGGAUAAUUCUGACGGUCAGUUCUACAAUUCCAAACGCAUUGAUUUUGACCUCUACACGUGAUUGGAAUCCAGAUCCCGCCCCAAGGAGCAUGGGGGUGUAACUCAGCACAGCAGCAGCCAAGAAGAACUUGCUGAACUUUUGGGGGUGGGGAAAGGGGUGUGUGCGUGUGUGUGAUGGUAUGUUUCUGGGAGGAGGAAAGAGGUUUGACUUCUCAUCUAUCUCCUGUUUUGUGAGAAAUAAAAAAACCCCAACAUUA